GUAAGACUCUCCCAGACGAAGCAGAGGACAUUUAAUCCACCGGAGGUGUGGUGAAGGGAGGGCAUGACGUGGAUGUCGCCGCUGCUACUGCUGCUGCUGCUGGGCCCGCUGCGGCCCUGCACCGCCGGAGGAGCCUCGCUCACUCAGCUGUGCGACUCCUCCAUAGACGGCACCAUCUACAAAUACCAGGCCAACACCUUGAAUGGGAGCUGUACUGUGAACUUCAGCGACUACGCGGGAAGGAGCGUCCUCAUCGUCAAUGUGGCCACCUACUGAGGAUACACCUUUCAGUAUGUGGAACUGAAUGCACUUCAGGAGGAGAUGAAUACGCUUGGACUCACUGUUCUCGGCUUUCCCUGCAAUCAGUUUGGGAAACAGGAACCAGGCAACCGGCAUGAAAUCCUGCCGGCUUUACAGUAUGUCAGACCCGGCAACGGCUUUGUUCCAAACUUCCUGCUGUUUGAGAAAGGAGAUGUGAAUGGAAAAGACGAGCAAGAGGUUUUUACAUUUCUUAAGAAUUCCUGUCCUCCAGUUGGAGACAGCUUUGGUAACCCCACCAGCAGGCUCUUCUGGGAGCCGCUCAAGGUCAAUGACAUCAAGUGGAACUUUGAAAAGUUCCUAGUGGGCCCGGACGGGAAGCCGGUUAUGAGAUGGCACCCGAGCAUCGAUGUAUCCGAGGUGCGAGCGGACAUUCGCACAUACCUUCUCCAGCGUUACACACAAGAUAUUUUUAACUAGACAAAACAGUAGAUUCUAGAUGCAGUUGUUGUCAAGGCGUAAAUGGCAAAAGUUUCUGACAUAUUGAAGGUAGCAUGUUAAAUGAAGAAGAGGUUUGAAAACAGAAACACUGUGGAGCCUCUUUGGAGUCUGGGCUUCCAGGCCAGCUCUUCAGUGCAUUCAAGCUGUCCUGUGAGCCCACAGCAUCAUGUUAUCUUCUCAAAGCAGGAUCUACUGGCAUUUACAGCCUCGAUGUCAAUAACUUCUAAUAAAUCAGUGUGAACUGCA